UUUUUUUGUGCACUGGAAUCGGCAAACUACGCUUCUGAUGCGCACCUGAACGCAACAUGCGUUCACGCUGACAUUGACAGCAACGGGGACCACGUGUAAGAGGAGUGGGCUCACCAAUAAGUUUAAAGUUUUAAAAAAAAACUUGAGCUUUCUGAUUAGUUGGCGAAUAAAAGGGGGUGUGAUUUUCUCAUAAUUCCCUUGACACAGUCGAGCAGCGACCUUUUCCCUGCAGGCCGCGGGAUGGAGGUGGAGGUGCGCUCAGCAGCCUGAGGUAAAGUAAAAGCACUGAAAUUAAACAUCUUAACUGCAUCCAAACAAUGUUGUGUUAUUACCGGCGGUUUGUGGCUGCGCUCCGUGACAGGUGAUAAUUACCUGCUAGCUAACCUGCAAAACCUCAGCUUAUUCAGAGCCCGGUUAGCUAGCUUAGUCUGGCUAUAACCAUAACUCUGACUGUGACAUUUUCCUGGAAAGUUCAGGUUCAUUUAUCCUCAGUUUAGGAGACAAUGGACGUUUGCACUCAGUCCCUGCGCUACGAGCUCCUGGCGGAGGUAGGACAGGGCUCCUACGGCAAAGUGUACAAAGCCAGGGAGGUGGGGGGCAAAGAGCGCCUCCUGGCGGUGAAGAAGUUCAACAUCCGCGGAGACACUCCAGACACCGGGAUCCCCGCCUUCGUGAUCCGGGAGGUGGGGCUGCUGCGGAAGAUGAUGUUCUUCAACCAUCCCAACAUAAUCAAGCUGCUGGAUGUGUCUGCUGUGUCCGUGGGCAGGAGCCUGGACCUCACGCUGGUGUUGGAAUACAUCGACCAGGACCUGUCCACCUACCUCUCCAAGGCUCCUGCUUCUGGACUGAGCCGUGACUGUAUUAAGGAUGUGAUGCUGCAGCUGCUGCAGGGAUUGGACUUCUUGCACACAAACAUGGUGCUGCAUCGUGACCUAAAACCAGAAAACGUCCUGGUCAGCAGCCGCGGAGAGGUUAAGAUUGCAGACUUUGGACUGGCACGCAUCUACACCUUCAAUAUCGCUCUCACUCCAGGCGUGGUGACACUCUGGUACAGAGCCCCUGAGGUGCUGCUGAACUCUGUUUACAUGUCCUCAGUGGACAUGUGGAGCGCUGGCUGCAUCUUCGCUGAGCUCUUCCUCUUGAGACCUCUGUUUCAGGCUUAUACAGAGGUGCAGCAGCUGCAAAAAAUCUUUGAGGUUCUUGGUUUGCCCAGUGAGGAGGACUGGCCCAAGGACAGCCCGAUCUCAUACUCAGCCAACUGGGGACCAAAAGUUUCCUGCACCAAGCUGCUGCCCAACCUGGGAGAAGAUGAGAAUGAGCUUCUAACUAAAUGUUUGGCAUUCAGACCGAGCAGCCGCAUCUCAGCCGCCAAAGCUCUGGCUCAUCCUUUCUUCAUGAAGCACUGAAGAUUUCAGUCGAAUGAUGAGCGGAAUGAAGAAAACUUCAGCGCCUACCACCCUGCAGUCAGCUACACUAACUAGUCUUGUGCCAUAAAAUCCAUCACACACUUUGUUCGGAGCAUGGGCUGUUCGCUAGCAUCAUGAGAACCUUUUGAACUUCAGCUCAGUGAAUGAAAAACACAUUAUGCCUGACCUGGAGCUAAUGGCUCUAAUGGCACAAAAAUCUCUCGUAUACAGUUUACGUUAUAGAUAAGAAGGAAACUGUCCAGAUGGCAGCCGUUUAUGUGGACAUUUCAAGUAUGUAAUUGUAAGAAAAAGACAUGUAUUUUGAAAGUUGCUGCCUAACAGUUUUAUUUACGUAGUUCUAACAAUUUCUGAAUUUGAUCUGCCUCCAUAAGACCUGAAUAGCAGCCAGUUGUUCCUUGAUUUAGAUUUCAUAAGCUAUUUGAGAGUCUGCUGUGUAUUCCCACAAAGAUACGGUGCUGCUUUGUUCUUCUUGUUGAAUGUUAAAAAAAAUAGGGAUUGUGUUUUGCUGACAACACUAUUAUGAGCAUCUUUUGUUGAUGAGUUUCUGGUUUGGUCUACAACAAAGCUUUUUUUUUUUAUGUUCGAGACUUGUACACAUUAGAGGAAAUGAAGUCCUUUAUUUUUGUUAUUCUUGUGAAGAUAUUUAUGGUGCAGUGUCUGGAAUAGAUCACUCCAGUGUUUCUGUUUGCAGUGACAGAUUGUACAAGAUAUUUUUUUUUCCAAAUCACACAGUUACACUGUUCAUUCAAGAAGCAUUUCAAUAAAUAACUGAACUGUG